AUGGCAGAUGAAACAGCACUCUUGCCGUUAGGUUUCGCCGCAAUCGCCGAGGCAGCAGUGGACUUCCCGUGUGGCUUCAUAGUCGCGGAGGAAGCGAAUCGUGGUGGUGCAAGAGCUGAGUGUGUUCAUCCUGUGUGGAGAAUUGGUUCGGUUAAAGCUGAAAGCUACCGGUUUGAUUCGAGUACGGGGACUAUAGGAGUUGGUGAUCUCUACGCUGAGGAAGAGAGGAACUUCUUGGUGAAUCUUGAUGUUCCCGUUGUCAACGGCGUCGUUUCGGAUCCUAUGUCGUUGCUUAAGGUUAGAUGUGUUUAUAGAGAUCCCGUGACGAAAGAGACUGUUGGUUUGAGUAGUUCUAGUGAAGUGAAGAUUCUCAGACCGGUGGUGAUGUCGGAAGGGAGUGCUGCCAAGUUUUGUGUAAGAGGGAGGGAACUGUUGUAUAGGUAUUGCUCUGAACAUGGAAUCGCUCAUAGGAAGAUUGGCAAGCUUGUCGUUGCUACAGGAUCAUCUGAUAUACCGAAGCUGGAUCUGUUGAUGCAUCUUGGAACUCAGAAUGGAGUUUCGGGUUUAAGGAUGUUGGAAGGUUUUGAAGCGAUGAGGAUGGAGCCGGAGCUUCGAUGUGUUAAAGCAUUGCUGUCUCCUGAGUCUGGGAUUGUGGAUACGCAUUCCUUCAUGCUAUCUUUAGUGGUAACUAUAUCAUCUCCUCUGUGCUUUGAUAUGAUCUUUGAGUUUAUGGAGUAG